AUGUCAGGUAUGAUCAAACGGAUAUUGAACGUUAUUGGGAAGAGGACAAAGGAUGCUCAUUAUCAACAGAAAGCAAUAAAAAAGGCGGACGACAUUUCGAAGGGUGAGAAAAUUCUUGCUCCGAAAGUACCCACAGAAGAGAAACGAUUUCGGGAAGCACAAAACAAUCCGAAAAUCAAAGAGGUUAUCAAUAAGAAGGAUACGACGCUUAUCGAUAAUGUGAAUAAGAUAAAGAUCACCUCAGAGGACCCUGUCGAAAGAUGGACAUCAACUAAAGACCUCCCCACCCGUGAAUCUGAAUGGAUGCAUAGAAAUGAUCCUGUUUGGGAGUAUGGCUUUUACGAACCGGAAGAAGAACGAAUACCAAAAAAUAAGCUUAUGUUUCGUGAAGCGUUGGAGGUGUUGCGAGCCAGACAAGAAAUCGAGGAUGAUGAGGAUACACCGGCUGCAGCUAAACGGCGAGAAGAAGCACGUAAAUUUUACGAUGAACAUAAAGCAGUGGCUCGUGUAGACAAGGAGAAGCUUGAGGAUAUGUGGGAAUAUUUCCGUCCUUAUGUGAGGAAGGACAAGCAAACGGUUGUGUCCAAAUUCGAACUCCAGCAGCUGCAAGCACAUUUGCAAGGGAUGUCUGAGGAGACGAGCAUUUUGGAAGGCACUCGCGAUGGUUUCCGAAAACUUAUCGAGCGUAAUAAGCAAGCUGUGAGCCACUAUGAUCAGCUGGAAGAAGCUGAGCGCAAGCAGUUGCUAGAGGCUGUUUUGGAGCAGAGAAAAGCCGAAAAAGAGCGAUUACAAUCGCGGUUGAAAGAUAUAGAAUAUUUGAACGAACAGUCAAAGGAGACCGCCUCUGAGGAAAAGAAGGAACCGGAAGCCGCCGAAACCGAAAAGAAGAAAGCUGAAGAAAACAAGAGUUAAUAGGAUUUCCCAGCUUACUUUUACAGUAUAGAGCUCAUAUAGUUAGGUAGUUUUUCUUCUCUUGUUGUUUUAGGAUAUCUAUUUCAUGCUCUGCAGAUUUCAGUUUUAGUGCUAGGGUCAUGCAUUACCUUUGAAGUUGUUCAUACUCUUUGACGAUACGGGUACAUUUUUGCUCUUUAUUCGAAUAAAUUAC